CAGCAUGUGUGGCUAGACAGGACGUCUCUGGAUAUCUUUCAUUUCUUUUCUGGGCUUUGUUAGCGGGCGCUGAAACGAAGGCAACUAAAACAGUCUCUGCCACGUGGAUCCUAUAUUUUGAAUCUUUACCACAGUGGGGACCUAUGACAGAUGGACAACUCACAGAUGAAAAGAGGAAUUGUGAUUAAAGAUGACUGGCCAGGCUACAAUCUGGACCUGUUCACCUACCCCGAACACUACCACGAAGACAUAGAGAGUGUUUACAUCCCACACGGGGUGAUCAUGAACAGAAUAGAGCGCCUGGCCCGAUACAUCACGGACGACUUUGGGGACAGCAACAUAAUGGUGCUGUGUGUCCUGAAAGGAGGCUACAAGUUCUGCGCGGAUCUGGUGGAGUUCAUCAAGGUGCUCGGCCGCAACUCCAACAGGUACCUGGAGACGCGAGUGGAGUUCAUCCGUCUGAAGAGCUACUUGAAUGACCAAUCAACAGAGGACCUGCACAUCAUAGGGAGCCGAGAUCUGUCUUUUCUGCGUGGAAAGAGUGUGCUUAUUGUUGAGGCCAUCGUCGACACAGGAAAGACCAUGAAGGCUCUACUCCAGCAUGUGGAGACCUUUGAACCCAAGAUGGUCAAGGUUGCGGGGCUGCUGGUGAAAAGGGUCCCUAACAUGGCUGAAAGCCUGACAGACUAUGUUGGAUUUGAAAUUCCCAACCGGUUCGUCGUGGGUUAUGCCCUGGACUACAAUGAAUACUUCCGGGACCUGAAUCAUAUCUGUGUCAUCAGCAAAACUGGAAAGAUGAAGUACAAGGUUUGAGAGAAAUUACAGCCAUAAUUCGAGCACGGUUUUAUGCGUCUCACCUUCUUCAGCAAGAAAUGAAGAAUCAGUUUUGCGUUUUUGUAACAGCGAGUCUUUUCACUGCUUUAUUUAAUGAGUUCAAAUGUGUUUC